UUCAAAAUGGCUGCGCCCAUUGGAAUUGCGCCGGGCCCAUGACCUGUCAAUAGUUGUCGUAUUAAUCUAUUGUUUAUAACUCUGUAUAUACACACACAAACAUCGGAUUAUCAAACAUGGAACGGCUUUUAACGCGGAAAGUGUGCGCUUUGUGGGUGCCAUGUUUGUACUCAUGCAGCAGAAACAUGUCCAGUUUCCAUCGUUGCGUUCCACAGAAGUUGUCACACCAAACACCACAGCACUUACUCCAAAGGAAACUCCAGAAAAAAUCCACAAUCAUCUUACGAUGUGCAGGAGAGAUGAAAAGAGAGAAACCUAUGAGUUGGAAACUUUUUGCAGUGAUGACAGUUUGCUGUGGUGGAUUGUAUGCUGGCUAUGAAUAUUUUGAUAGGAGAUGGAAGAAAGAAAAAAUCAUGGCUACAUAUGGAAAUGUUGGUAGUCCUCAAAUUGGCGGAGCAUGGACUUUAACAGACCACAACGAAGUUGAAAGAACAGACAAAGAAUUCCGUGGUAAAUGGUUACUGGUAUAUUUUGGCUUCACCCACUGUCCAGAUAUAUGUCCCGAUGAGCUGGAGAAGAUUGCCAAGGUUGUGGAUCAUUUCAAUAAACAGCCUAAUGGUCCCAGAGUAAAGCCUUUGUUUGUGACAAUUGACCCAGAAAGGGACACCAAAGAAAUUAUGAAGAAAUAUUGUGAAGAGUUUACACCUGAGCUCCUUGGAUUGACAGGAACUCGAGAACAGCUGCAGAGUAUAUAUGAAAAAUUCCAUGUUUAUUUCAAGUAUGGAGAAGAGGAUGAAACAGGAGACUACCUGGUGGAUCACACUCUUCUCACCUACCUCAUGACGCCUGACGGAUUAUACGCGGACCAUUUCAGUAAAAGGUCGACCUUUGAUAAGAUGAUUCAGAACAUGACAUUGAGAAUGGAUAAGAAGGAAUCUAAUAAAUCUUAAUAUAUUUGUGUGUGUGCUUCAUCACUGAAAAAAAUAAUCAAUCAACACAAAUGACCUUAUAGUAUAUGUGUUGUGUGAAAUGACUGCACCAAUCAACAUAAUAAUGAUUAAACUUCUCAGUGGCAAGGAAAGACUCGUAUAAUGUAUUGAAAACAUUCAUUAAGUACAUAUAGAUUCAAUUCUUAAAAUAGCUGGUGGUGUGUUUUGCCAAAUGUACAACUAUUUUUCCUGUGAAGAAUCAUUUUACAUGUACCGUAUGAAGGUAGAGAUGGAACACUCUACAUGCAGUAGCCUAUAAUUAAUAAUAAUAUUGAUACUGUAGAUGUGAUAAUAUUUAUAUUCAGUGAGUCGCUUUUCCACAAAAAAAAAAUUCAAGGAAAUACAGAGUACAUAUUUGAACCUAUAGAAUUCUGGCUCAGGUGUUCAGACCUGGAAUUUUUCUAACCCUGACUGGUAUUACUACAUGGAGAUCAACAUGUCAGUUUUUGAACCAACGAACUCAUCUACGAGACCUCUCAGCCAAUCACAAGGAGCAAGAAAAGGUUCUAUAUUGAGAUGUAUGUGAUAUGAUUAAAGUACAUGUAUUUAUGAAUUACAUUCAGUUUGAUAAUAAAAUGGAUAUAUAACCUUA